AUGUCCCGAACGCUCAGGAAACCGAUCAGGUUGAGCAAAACGACCGAGAUUUCCAACACUUUGCGGUCCGGCUAUCCCGCAUGCUCACGCGCUUCUGUGGGAGGGGGUUGUCACACGACCCCCUGGAACCGCAUCUACGGCAUGUUGGGCAUAGCGAAACUCCCUAUGCCACCGCCGCCUAGCCUCCGACCGGACUAUGGAUGCCCCUUCGCCGAGAUUGCGCUCAACUAG